AUGCAGCCAUGUGACCAAAACUGGACCCACAUAACAGAGUUUGUUAUGGUGGGCUUUGCCGAGGUGCAUGAAAUGCGCUUCCUCUUCUUUACUCUCUUCCUCACCAUGUACCUGCUCACCUUGGUGGAGAACUUGGCCAUCAUCCUGGUGGUGGGUUUGGACCACCGGCUACGUAGACCCAUGUAUGUCUUCCUGACACACUUGUCCUGCCUUGAAAUCUGGUACACUUCAGUCACAGUGCCCAAGAUGCUGGCUGGUUUUAUUGCGGGAGAUGGGGGCAAGAAUAUCUCCUAUGCUGGAUGCCUGUCCCAGCUCUUCAUCUUUACCUUCCUUGGGGCAACGGAGUGUUUCCUACUGGCCGCCAUGGCGUAUGACCGCUACGUGGCCAUUUGUAUGCCUCUCCGGUAUGGGGCCUUGGUGUCCUGGGGCAGCUGCAUCCGUCUGUCAGCUGCUUGUUGGCUGGUUGGCUUCCUCACCCCCAUUUUGCCCAUCUACCUCAUGUCCCGACUGACAUUUUGUGGCCCCAAUGUCAUUGAUCACUUCUUCUGUGAUGCUUCACCUCUGCUAGCCUUGUCCUGCUCGGAUGUCACUCUGAAGGAGACCGCAGACUUCCUGGUCUCUCUGGCUGUGCUCCUGACCUCCUCCACAGUCAUUGCUGUGUCCUAUGGCAACAUUGUCUGGACGUUGCUGCGUAUCCGCUCGGCUGCUGAGCGCCGGAAGGCCUUCUCCACCUGUGCAGCCCACCUGACUGUGGUGAGCCUCUUCUAUGGCACUCUUUUCUUUAUGUAUGUCCGGACCAAAGUGGCCCCUUCCAUCAACUUCAACAAGGUGGUUUCUGUCUUCUACUCCAUCGUCACUCCAAUGCUCAACCCUCUCAUCUACAGUCUUCGAAACAAAGAGGUGAAGGGAGCUCUGGGCAGAACCUUUUCCUUCAGGUCUUGGAAAGGUCAGUGA